AUGAACCGUGAGACUGAAACGGACGGCUCUGAAGAUGUUAAUGACUUCCUCGUGCGCAUCCGGGAGCUGGGCAACAAACGCGACAAGGAAGAUGAAGAGCGUGCUAGGAAGCUAGAGGAAGAGAUUCUACAAGGUCGGAGAGAAAGACAGGCCAGAAGAGCUGAGCGUGUUCGAUCCAUCUCCCCAACAAAAGACUCUCAUAGUCCAUUCGACACCACCCUGGCUGGAAACAUCUGUCAAUCCUCUCCUACAUCUUCAUUAUCUAUUGAUCCGCCCUUGGCACUUCUCCCCUCCACGCAUAUUGAGGAUUCGAAAACCAAACCAGUAGCAGCAGCAGCAGCAGCAAUAAAGGAUCCAGAUAUGACCAAAACAGACAAUUUGGCAGGGAACGCUGCCAGAUCACCAGCCACCUUGCGACCAUCUCCACGACCGCUUUCAUGGAAGCAACGGCCUAAUUCACGAGAUCUUGAUGCUGGUACUGGGGCUUUCUUAAACUUACAAUCUAUUAAAUCCCCUGUUGAAGUUUCACCUGACGUAGAUUCAACCCCAUCCCGAUCUCAUAUCGUGCAGUCCCUGGCUUCGAAGGACCCUGCCUGGUUCCGCCAGACGACUGAUAGAGGAAUUGGGUCUCCUGCAUACAGACGUGCUCAAGAUAGCUCAGUGUCCGAUGUUUCUACGAUGAGUGGGAAUAUUAGACUUCCAGGCUUUGGUAGAGAGUCCACCGUCGAGUCCGGAAAAUUAAUAAACAACGACUUUGCCAGUGAACAUUCCAGGUCUCUGUCCAGAGCUAGCUCUAUAUUUGGCACAAGUGCAGUGGGAAAUAGGUUCUCCAGCGUUUCUUCUGUGUCUACUGCUGGUGGAUUGGGCUCUCCGGUUCCGUUGUCAACCUCUCAAAGACUAGAGUCUCGCGGCUCUUUUACCGCCAAUAACUUCCAGUCAACUGACCGGUUUGAAAUGUCCCCGACCCAAGGCCGCUUUUCUAGUGAUCGGUCCUCUUCUCCAACGAAAGGCUUGGGUGGGUUUGUACAAAGUGCUAUGAUGAAGCGUUCCGAUAGCGUCUCUAAACGAUGGAGUGCUCAAUCAUCUGGGAGACCCAAUGCAACUCCCAAGCCUGGCUAUCCAGCUCCAUCAGCAAGUCUACCCAAGGAAGCAAGCGAUGAAGCUGCUCCAAAGAUUCCAACUUCACGCCCCGGUUCCAUCCAUAGCGAAGCUACUGUCGUCCGCAAUCCCACGAAGGGAGAAUUCGAACCAUCGAAAUCAACCAGUGAUGUUUUCGCGAAAUCUUUGCUCUCCUCCCAGCCGUUGUCACGAUCAAACUCAAUUAGCAAUGCAGGAGACAGAUUUUCAGAUUUGCCAAGCAGUCCUUCUAAGACGAUGGAUCCGAGACGAUGGAGCCCCACCAAGGCUACCUGGCUGGAGAGUGCGUUGAAUAAGCCAGAUUCUCCGAAAUCUAGGCCACAGACUCCCAAUGAGCCUGAAUGGAAGAGAGGCCUAAAUAACCGGCUGCGGCAGAACAGAACAAGUGUCGAUUUGGGCGGCCCAGGUUCUCCAAAACCCCCUUUGCAAAAGGAGAACCAAUUUCCUCUGAAACCUAGUAGCAUCGCUUUCCCGGCUCUGAAGGAAUUUGGAAGUUCGGAGCCCCAUAAUGCGAUAAAAUCGGACUGUCCUAAGCCCAGUAGUGGAGAGCAAGAUUUACAUAUCGACACAGAUGCGAGUCAGCAGCAGGUACCAGAAAAAUCUCUGAAAACGGAGGACGUCAAGUCAGAGUCUGUUUCAUCACCUGGGGAAAGAGCUUGCAAUCCUGCUGCCUCGUCUCCCGCCGGCUCCCAAAAGGGCUUAAGAUCUAUAGGUAAAGCAUCUGUUGAUGGAAUAUCUCCAAAUAUGACACCUUCCACCCCCCCUCUUAAUGACUUCAGAGCAAAUCUACGCCGUCGUGAGCUUGCCAAUGAGACUUCAACAACGGAUGAACCGGAGUUCAAACACGUGUUUGGAAAGCUAAGAAAGACCGAAACGAAGAAUUAUGUUGCUCCUGAUCUGUUAAAGCAUAAUAUUCUGAAGGGUAAAGCUGGUUUGAAUGCAACUGGAGGGCCCAAAAAGGGCCCAAAAGUGGACGAAUUUAGGGAAAGUAUUCUUAAACAGAAAGAGGCAAUGAAAGCUGGUGGAGGGUCGAUUCGUAUGCCAACAAUUGAAGGUAAAGGGCCUAGCUCACCGGACAAUCAAUCACCUGAGAUUCCUGAGGCGAUUGCGAGACAGAGAAACAUGACUAGAUCUGGAAGUAUAAUUAGCAACUCUUCAGGGAGGGAUGUGUCCCCCAAGCUCGCUGAACAACCCAAAAUUAUUAGCUCUUCUAGAGAAUCUAAACCAUCUUCGUUUACCUCUUCAGAUAUUCAGGGCCCUAACAAGAUCUACAGCCCCGCUGCUGUCGCUGAGAUCUCAGCUGCAAUCCCAAAAUCUUCAUUUGUGAAUGGGCUGGAGAGUGCAAAACUUGGUACAGCCAAAUCUUCGCGGAAUGUGUCAUCUGAAGACCUCGCUGAUAAAAGUGCAAAAAAGUUUGACUCUCCGUCACAACAAUCGAUGACGACAAAGUUGCACAGCGAUCAUGGGGUUUCUGAAAAGGAUGCAAAUGCGUCUGGUCCAACUACCACCUCCGCCCAAUGCACCUCGUCAACCAACACACAAGACGGACAACGUGCACAUUCUGGCACUGGGAAGCUUGCGAAUCGGCUGAAUCCCGCCUUGGCAGGCAUUUUAUCCCGCGGGCCGCCUAGUAUCCCCAAUACCACAUCAUCACCGUCAAUGUCAUGGUCACGCACUGAGCCAACUGAGCAUUAUGCGCCUGCAAAGUUGACGCACACCACGAAAUCCCGAGCAAGGGGUCCGAAGAGGAGGCUGCCACAAUCCGCUAAGUCCGAACCUGCGCCACCCAGUAAUGAAGUCAGUGGUCUGGCUAAAGUUGAGCCAUCAUCAUCAUCGCGGCCAGCACCAGAUGCCAAGUUUAGCAAUAAUAUGUUUAAACCAAUCUCUUCUCCCGCUCAACAAGAUCCAAGACCACUGCCCACACGGCUCCCAUCUGAGAAGACCGAGUCGGAUGCGGCUGAAGUCUCUUCUACGCCAACUUCAACGCCAAAUGACGCCCAACGAAGCAAGGACAGACCACCAGUAUCUUCGAAAUCCCCUGAUUUGAGGAAAUUCACGCCUACCAGCAAUGGUCCUACGGCAAGUGAUUUAGGAAGAGAUGCUGUUGAGCCACAGCUGGAGUCACUUUCCUCGAAGCAAUGCGUGGAGACGGAAUCAGUUGCGCUAAAGCCUUUCGCUAGAAGAACUACUUUUAAUGAUAGCUUUAAGUCCGAACGCAAGCCAAGUCCGCCACUCAAGUCUUCUGCGUUUUCGUCACCGGCAACAAUCCCGUUGAAACAAAAGAGUCUUCCCCUCUUCCCACAUGAACAUAUUAGCUCACCACCCGUUACACCCAAACCAUCCAACUCGAAUGCCAGCAACUCUAAGUUACCCUUGACAAGCGCCAAGGCAUCGCCAUUUCCAGAAUCUUCGGAAGCCGCUAAUGUAUUUUCAAGCUUCUUUGACGUCAUGCCUCAGGUCAGUGAUAAGGUUGAGGUUGAUCCGCAGUCAAUAUUGAUGUCGCAACCACAUGUAUAUCCAAAAAUCAAGACUAUAUCGAAGCAAAUUUGGGAGAUUACUGGCGACGGCAAGCGGAAAGACUUGCCUGCUAACCUUGGGUAUAUUCUAUUCGAAGAGAGCAUGUAUGUAUGUGUGCACGUUUUCAAAGAAGCAAACGGUCCGUCAAAUUCCAACACAACACAAGUACUUCUAUGGUGUGGUGACGGGGUAAGUGAGGCGGCCAUCGAGGACGCACAGCUUUUUGCUCGCAAAGUUGCCCGAGAGAAUAGCUGCAAACUUGAGCUUGUACGGCAAGGGAAAGAGGCGCCAAGUUUCAUUCAAGCUCUUGGUGGCAUUAUCAUCACCCGCAGGGGUUCCAGUAGCCGCACUAACUCCUCUGCAAUGUACAUGCUCUGCGGCCGCCGGCAUAUGGGCCAGAUUGCCUUUGAUGAAGUCGACCUGGCUGCAAAGAGUCUAUGCUCCGGCUAUCCAUAUUUAAUCUCAGCCAAGUUCGGCAAACUGUAUCUCUGGCAGGGUCGGGGAAGCACAGCUGAUGAACUUGGCUGCGCUAGACUUAUUGGCAUGGAUCUAGGCUUGACGGGCGAAAUUGAGGAGGUAAUUGAAGGCAAAGAGCCACCGGGAUUCUUCGAGACAUUCCCAGACCCUUUCCAGCCCACAGCAGCUCAAACGGCAGAUCAUUGGAAACUGAAACCCACAAAUGGGAACUACUGCUGCCGGCUCUAUCGCAUUGAUUAUCAAUUGGGGCAAAGAUCUGGCUUUUGGAGUCGUGGGAACUCGUCUCCCGUAACGAGGCCAAAUGAUAUUGUGCAGGAAAUCGAACCGUUCUGCCAACGCGAUCUAGAUCCGAAUCAUAUUCAUAUCUUGGAUACUUUUUUUGAGAUCUUCGUCAUUGUAGGCGAUCGAGCAAAUGCGCGUUCCGCGGAAUUGGCCUCAGCCCUGAUAUUCACCCAAGAGUACAGCAUCAUGGCCGUUUCGCUGCAAGACAGGCCAUUCCUACCUAGAAGCAACGUAGUGAUCCACGGCAUGGCGGAAGAAUGCAAGUGGGCAUUCAGGAAGUGGGACGACCGGGGGAUGCUUCUGCCAGGGAAGACGCCUAGUGUCAUCCCGCUCAGCGCUGCUAUUGAAGCUAUCCGGUGA